UUAAGCAGUCUGGAGUCUCUGGACUCUGGACUAUGCAAAAAGGAGUAUCGGAUAUCGAUCUCUCUUUAUAAUCAAGUCUUCUAGCUGUCUAAUAACGCGUUUACGCGUACUUUCUGUUUGAUUUUUGUUACCAUUCCUUACCUAUAUAUAAUACUACCAUAUAUUACCAUUCUCCCAUUGACAACAGGUCCACAGAAAAAUAGUAUUUUUUCCUCACAAAUCCAAAUCUGCAUCUGUUUUUUUCCUUCAAGAUCUUCAGAGAAAUCAAAAUCUGCAUCUGGUUUUUUCAAGAUCUCUUUAUUGAAAGAAGCCGAAUCUUACAAAUAUGCCUUUAGAAGAAGAAUUGUUUCCAUCAACACCAGGAAAAGUAAAGAAUCAAACAAUGAAUAGACAAUUACACAGAUGUUUCUCAUCUACAAGUACUCUAUUUCUAUGGGCUUUAUUCUUGAUUGCUUUGACAGCUUCAUAUCUUAGUUUCCAGAGUUUUGUCGAUACAGGAAGUAAAUAUUUUACUGCUUCUUGGGGUGGUAUUCAAUGGGAGAAACAAGUUCGUAAUUCUGCUCAAAUUCUUCAGAGAGGAUCUUCAUCGUCACCAGGUAUGUCUGUAUUAGUUACUGGUGCUGCUGGUUUUGUUGGUUCUCAUGUUUCUCUCGCCUUGAAAAAAAGAGGUGAUGGUGUUGUUGGUAUUGAUAAUUUCAAUAGUUAUUAUGACCCAUCAUUGAAAAAAGCUAGAAAAUCACUUUUGAAUGAUCAUGGUAUAUUCAUUGUUGAAGGAGAUAUUAAUGAUGCAAAAUUAUUAGCAAAACUAUUUGAUGUUGUUGCUUUUACUCACGUUAUGCAUUUAGCUGCACAAGCUGGUGUUAGAUAUGCAAUGGAAAACCCUGGUUCUUAUGUCCAUAGUAAUAUUGCUGGUUUAGUUAAUCUUCUUGAAAUAUGCAAAUCUGCAAAUCCUCAACCUUCAAUUGUUUGGGCUUCAUCAAGUUCUGUUUACGGGUUGAAUGAAAAAGUACCAUUUUCUGAAUGGGAUCGCACGGAUCAACCAGCUAGUUUAUAUGCAGCGACAAAGAAAGCUGGUGAAGAAAUCACUCAUACGUAUAAUCAUAUUUAUGGCUUGUCAAUAACGGGGUUAAGAUUCUUUACGGUUUAUGGUCCAUGGGGAAGACCUGAUAUGGCUUAUUUCUCGUUUACAAGAAAUAUCUUACAAGGAAAACCCAUAACGAUAUACCGUGGAAAAAACCGGGUUGAUUUAGCCAGAGAUUUUACGUAUAUUGAUGAUAUUGUUAAAGGUUGUCUUGGAUCAUUAGAUACAUCAGGGAAGAGUACAGGCACUGGUGGCAAAAAACGUGGCCCGGCACCUUAUCGGAUUUUUAAUUUGGGUAAUACUUCACCAGUUACAGUACCUACGUUGGUGUCGAUACUCGAAAGACAUUUGAAAGUAAAAGCGAAAAAGAAUGUUAUUGAUAUGCCUGGGAAUGGUGAUGUACCUUUUACUCAUGCUAAUAUAAGUUAUGCUAGUAAGGAGUUUGGGUAUAAGCCAACUACUGAUUUACAAACAGGGUUGAAGAAAUUCGUUAGAUGGUACCUUUCGUAUUAUGGGUAUAAUGGGAAAUCUGUAACUUGAGGAGAAGAUGUUCUUCUUCUUUUCCUGUAAAUGUCAGUUCAGUUUUUCCACUCUGGGGCUGCUAAUUUAAGCUGAGGGUGGUGUUUAGGAAGGUAGAAUUGUUGCAUUACUUGCCCCAACCAAAUACCUCUUUGGCUUUAAUCUAGACUGAGCCACCACUUGAGACAGAGAAAGGGAGCGAAACAAGCAAUGUUCAAUCUCCUUUCUUAGUAUUACUGUAAUAUGAUUGAUUUGGUAUUCAUAUGACCAAAGAAUUCAAUGAACUCAUGUGUGUUUGUUUUCCCUUUGUAAGAUAUUAUCAAAUUGUUAUAACUUGAAUUCAUAUAUAUAUAAUGUACGUUGAACUCAUAA